CUGCCAUCGUCGUGAGCUUUGAAUGUGCCUGAAUCGUUUGAGCUUGAAGCGAUUUCUCGAUUUUCAGCGUCACGUACAUGGAUAUGAGUACAGAGAUUUGCUCAUCAUGAAAAAGAACCAGGAGAUGAGGAAUGCCCCGGUGCCCCUCGAAGGCUUCGCUACCUACCGCUGCAUCAUGAAGCACUGGCGCGCAGAGGUACCGCUCAAGCGACAGGAUGGCUACGUCGAACGCCGUGGAUGCCGCCGCGGACGCCACGCACAGAAUCAAGAUAAGCCCAGUGAUGGACAUGACUUCAUGGUUGACUUGGGCGUCGAUGCAGCUCUCGUUUGACGGACAUGUCGCUACGCUUUGCUGGACAUUGGUAUGUGUCU